AUAAAGUAUCGGUGAUAAAAUUUAUGAUAACACCGUAGGCUUCAAUUUGGUUUGUUUCGGAAAAUAAUGAAAUAAAAACUAUUUACCAUCAGCAAUGAUGGCUGAUAUAUCAGCAAACCAGCCAAGAAUGAUGAACCCUAAUCAACCACCAACCUCAGGAGCAUCGGCUUCAGCCCCAGCCAUGCAGGGGGCAUCAAUGACACAGGGAGAAAGGGAGAAAGUUUAUCAGUGGAUUAGUGAAUUGACAAGCCCAGACACUAGAGAGAAUGCUCUUCAAGAAUUAAGUAAGAAAAGAGAAGUGGUCCCAGAUUUGGCUCCCAUGUUAUGGCACAGUUUCGGGACAGUGGCAGCAUUGCUUCAAGAGAUAGUACAUGUAUAUCCAGCAAUUAACCCACCUCAUUUAACAGCGCAUCAAUCAAACCGUGUGUGUAACGCAUUGGCGUUACUUCAGUGUGUAGCCUCACAUCCAGAAACCAGGUCAGCUUUCUUACAGGCAAACAUUCCACUAUUUUUGUACCCAUUCCUACACACUGUUAGCAAGACGAGACCAUUUGAGUAUUUAAGAUUAACAAGCCUAGGAGUUAUAGGUGCACUAGUCAAGACUGAUGAACAGGAAGUGAUCAAUUUCCUACUUACCACAGAGAUUAUACCACUUUGUCUCAGAAUAAUGGAAUCUGGAAGUGAACUCUCUAAAACUGUUGCCACAUUUAUUCUACAGAAGAUAUUAUUGGACGAGACUGGAUUGUCAUACAUUUGUCAAACUUAUGAACGAUUUUCUCAUGUUGCCAUGAUUUUGGGUAAAAUGGUGCUACAUUUAUCAAGGGAGCCGUCAGCUAGACUGCUGAAACAUGUUGUCAGAUGUUACCUAAGGUUAUCAGAUAAUCCAAGGGCAAGGGAAGCACUGCGACAAUGUUUACCAGACCAAUUGAAGGACAGCACAUUUGCUAAUUGUUUGAAAGACGAUAAUUCUACAAAACGCUGGUUGAUGCAGUUACAACAAAAUCUAGAGACGCCCGGUGUUCCAGACCCACGUAAUCCUGGCAUGCCACUCCACCAGCAAUAAAUGGGGCAAAAAUAUUUGUGAAAAAAGACUUGGUUAACACUUGAAAAUACAAAUGUGACAAUGUAAAUUAAAAUUAUAAGUUAUAGAUCUAGUAUGUUUUUUAAAAUUGACAAGAUAUAUAUAAGCAAUACUUUUUAAAGUAAGGAUAAUAUUUGUUUUGUAAAAGAGACAUAGCUAGAUGAAAAACUUCAAUACUGUGGCAUAAUGCUACUAGAUAUAGUGUAAUGUGUGGCAGUAAAAGUGUGAUAUUGUAAAAGUGAUAUGUGAACAAAGGAUAUGUGAAUAAAAGAUGGAUGAUGGGUUGAUGUGAAAGAUGUGACAUUCACAUUUAAAAGGUGACAUUGACUUACUAAUUUUAACAUUUAGAUAACAAUUGUGACAUUAGUAUGAUACAAAAUCUUUAUAAUGUAUAUGUAACAUAAUGUAUUGCCAUGGGAUAUCAAAUUUUCCCUUAUUCCUUAUUUGAUGUCAAACAUUGAGUCUAAUGGUCAUUUGUCUCUUACCGCUGAUUUAGAAAUCAAGAGGGAUAAAUAGCCUGUCUCUUGGUGAGAUGUUUGUGAUUACACGUUUGUUAUCCAGGAAAGCAAGCUAGGUGGAUUGUCUUCUAAGAUAUGACCAAAAUU